GACGUGGGGCACCGGCUGCAGAUCACGGGGCUCUGGCACUCGCUGGGCUCGCUCUACACCACGUCCACCGACAGGACGCUGCGGAUCCACGUGCCCACAGAUCCACCCCGCACCAUCUGCUCCUGGACGCACGACGAUGUCCUCAACGGGAUCAGCGUGGAUGGGGACGUGGUGGCCGCGGCCUCGGGGGGACUCUCGGUCGAGGUGUGGAGGCUCCGGACCUGACGCCGGCGGGCUCGGGGGGCUCCGGCCGCGCCCCGCGGGGUCCCCCCAGCGCCCCCCACUCAGGGGGGGCCGGGCCCGGAUCCGGGACGUGGGUGGGGCUGGAAGCUGCCGCCUGUUGAUGGCUAUUAAAGGAUUGGACUGGAGCGGAGCUUGUGUCCCCCCGCGGGUUUGGGGUGAAUUUGGGGGGUUUGGGGCGCUGCGGCCCUUUCGGGGCUCCCUCCGUGCAACGGCGCCUUUUCGCGUCCUCGACUUUCUCGUCCCUCCACGGCCACCGUCACGCCAAGAUGGCGGCGCGCGACUGUACGGAAAAGCCAGACGGGAGCGCCGAGCAAGAUGGCGGCGCGCAGCCUUACGGCGGGGAGAACGCGCAGCCGUACGGCGCGGGGGGCGUGGCCCAAGAUGGCGGCGCCCUGAGCGGCACGGCCGAGCCAUGGCGGCCCCGGGAGAGGCGCCGGGAGAGGCGCUCCGGGCCGUGCUCCGGCCCAGCGCGGCCCUCCCGGCCGAGGCCCUCCCGGUGCGCGGUUACGACUUCUCGGGCGGCGCGGACCACGCGGCGCUGCUCCGCUCCUUCCGCACCACCGGCUUCCAGGCCACGAGCUUCGCGCAGGCCGUGGCGGAGAUCGAGCGGAUGAUCGCGGCCAAGCUGGAGCCGCUGAGCGCGGAGCAGCGGGAGCGAGCGGCCAUGGCCGGGCCGCGGCCGCCCUCGGGCUGCACCAUCUUCCUGGGCUUCACCUCCAACCUCGUCAGCUCCGGCGUCAGGGAGAGCAUCCGCUACCUCGUGCAGCACGGCAUGGUGGACGUGCUGGUGACCACGGCCGGGGGGGUCGAGGAGGACCUGAUCAAGUGCCUGGCGCCCACCUACAUCGGGGACUUCCAGCUGCGGGGCCGGGACCUGCGGGAGAACGGCAUCAACAGGAUCGGGAACCUGCUGGUGCCCAACGAUAACUACUGCAAGUUCGAGGACUGGCUGAUGCCCAUCCUGGAGAGGAUGGUGGACGAGCAGGACACGCAGGGCGUGCGGUGGACGCCGUCCCGGAUGAUCGCCCGGCUGGGCAAGGAGAUCAACAACCCCGAGUCCAUCUGUUACUGGGCCCAGAAGAACAACAUCCCGGUGCUGAGCCCCGCGCUCACCGACGGCUCCCUGGGGGACAUGAUCUUCUUCCACUCCUACAAACGCCCGGGGCUCGUGCUGGACAUCGUGGAGGAUCUGCGCCUCAUCAACACCCAGGCCAUCUUCGCCCACAAGACCGGCAUGAUCAUCCUGGGCGGGGGCCUGGUCAAGCACCACAUCGCCAACGCCAACCUCAUGAGGAACGGCGCCGAUUUCUCCGUCUACGUCAACACGGCGCAGGAGUUCGACGGCUCCGACUCGGGCGCGCGGCCGGACGAGGCCGUGUCCUGGGGCAAGAUCCGCGUGGACGCCACCCCCGUCAAGGUCUACGCCGACGCCUCGCUCGUGUUCCCGCUGCUCGUGGCCGAGACGUUCGCCCGGAGAGCCGACGCCUUCGCGGUGCCCGCGGGGACCCCCGAGGCAUGAGGGACCCCCGAGGCCUGAGGGACCCCCGAGGCAUGCGGGACCUCCGAGGCAUGGGGGACCCCUGAGGGCUGACGGACCCCCGAGGCAUGGGGGACCCCCGAGGCCUGAGGGACCCCCGAGGCAUGGGGACCCCUGAAGCCUGGGGAUCCUCCCUUGAGGGACCCCCAAAACCUGGUGAUCCCCGAAGGACCCCCCCCCUCCAGGCUCAGCUUUGGGUGUGCUGUACCUCAAAGGUGGGGGACAGUGGGGCGAGUCCCCCUGGGGGGGACAGGGGCCCCCCACGCCUGCAGCCCCCUGUCCGUGUGUCCCCCCUGUCCCCCUCCCCUCAGUGCUGGUGUUUAUUAAUUCGAGCUCCCAAUAAAGCACGGCAGGGUCUCCA